AUGGCGCAGGAGAACGCCGCCUUCUCGCCGGGCCCGGAGGAGCCGCCGCGGCGCCGCGGCCGCCAGCGCUACGUGGAAAAGGACGGGCGCUGCAACGUGCAGCACGGCAACGUGCGCGAGACGUACCGCUACCUGACCGACCUGUUCACCACGCUCGUGGACCUGCAGUGGCGCCUGAGCCUGCUCUUCUUCGUGCUGGCCUACGCGCUCACCUGGCUCUUCUUCGGCGCCAUCUGGUGGCUGAUCGCCUACGGCCGCGGCGACCUAGAGCACCUGGAGGACACGGCGUGGACCCCGUGCGUCAACAACCUCAACGGCUUCGUGGCCGCCUUCCUCUUCUCCAUCGAGACGGAGACCACCAUCGGCUACGGACACCGCGUCAUCACCGACCAGUGCCCCGAGGGCAUCGUGCUGCUGCUGCUGCAGGCCAUCCUGGGCUCCAUGGUGAACGCCUUCAUGGUGGGCUGCAUGUUCGUCAAGAUCUCGCAGCCCAACAAGCGCGCCGCCACGCUCGUCUUCUCCUCGCACGCCGUGGUGUCGCUGCGCGACGGGCGCCUCUGCCUCAUGUUCCGGGUGGGCGACCUGCGGUCAUCGCACAUCGUCGAGGCCUCCAUCCGCGCCAAGCUCAUCCGCUCUCGCCAGACGCUGGAGGGCGAGUUCAUCCCGCUGCACCAGACGGACCUCAGCGUGGGCUUCGACACAGGCGACGACCGCCUCUUCCUCGUCUCGCCUCUCGUCAUCAGCCACGAGAUCGACGCCGCCAGUCCCUUCUGGGAGGCGUCGCGCCGCGCCCUCGAGAGGGACGACUUCGAGAUCGUGGUCAUCCUCGAGGGCAUGGUGGAAGCCACGGGAAUGACAUGCCAAGCUCGGAGCUCCUACCUGGUGGAUGAGGUGCUAUGGGGCCACCGCUUCACCUCAGUGCUGACCCUGGAAGAUGGCUUCUACGAAGUAGACUAUGCCAGCUUCCACGAGACCUUUGAGGUGCCCACACCUUCCUGCAGCGCCCGGGAGCUGGCCGAGGCCGCGGCCCGACUGGACGCCCAUCUCUACUGGUCCAUCCCCAGCCGGCUGGACGAGAAGGUGGAGGAGGAGGGGGCUGGAGAAGGGGCGGGAGAGGGGGCUGGAGAGGAGGCGGGAGAGGGGGCGGGCGAAGGGGCUGGGGUUGACAAAGAGCAGAAUGGCUGCCUGCCACCCCCAGAGAGCGAGUCCAAGGUAUGA